UUGGCUUUGGCUUAAUAAAUCCUCCAUUUCUCCCCACUCCCAUCCAUACAGAAAACUUCCAUUCCAUCCCCCAUUCCCUUCUCACAGAAGCAGAGCCUAGCAAAGCAAAGCAAGAGACAGAUAUCAUCAAUGGCGAUGAAGUCAUCAUCGGUUGAACUCUUCCUCGCCGGCGAAGAAGAAAACGACUUCGGCUUCGAGCUUCUCCCCCUCGAACCCGAAGACCUCGCCCUCUCCCAGUGGGAACUCGUCGACCCCUCCGAUGCCGACUCCAACUCCAGCCGCUCCGACCCUGACACCGAUCUUGGAUCCUCAUCCCCCGUCAACCAUCCCCUCCCCAUACCCUUCCGCGUCACUGCAGGUCGCGCUUUCUUCCUCGACGACAACGGCCAGUGGGUCGAUCGCGCCGGAAACCCCGCCCCCGUCGUCGAGCAGAUUAUGCUGACGGCCGUGGAGUGCACCGCCGCGCAGGCCCGGUUCCGCGGUGGCGUGGUGCCGGAUGAUGAUUAUGAAGAUGAGGAUGGCGAGGACGACGACGACGACGACGACGACGGGUUGGAUGACGAGCUGGUGCCGCGGCACCUCCGGGGGAAGCUGGGGAGACAGAGGAUGAGGAAGCUGGGGAAGAGGGCCUGCUCGAAGAUGAACAGUUCGAAGCGGUCGCCGCACCUGUACAUGAAGCCCGGGUGCGUUUACGGGAAGCACGGGCUCGGGCUGAAGCACAGUCUCUGCUGAGGUAAAUAGAAUUCAUUGGGGGGGGGGGGGGGGGGGGGGGGGGGGGGGGGAAAUGGCUGGGUAGUAUAUACGAAGCAAUCAAAGUAAUUGGCUUUUACUUGUUCGCCUUUUUUUUUUUUAACCGGGUGUCUAUUCUUCGCCCGACUAAUCUCCGGGGCUCCGUGAACUCCGGUAACGCUCCGGUGGCCGGAUCGGGUGGAUACUGGAGCUCUUCCUUAACCACCAGGCCAAAUCCUUGGAGUUUUUACUUGUUCGCCUUAGGUUGUCGUGUACAUGAAUCUCGGUACAUUCGGAGAAACUGCUAAUGCUGUCAAUAUGCCACCACUAUCUGUUCCUUUAGUGCCAUGAUCGUGUUGGUUGUUUAGCGUUUAUUUCUGUCUGAGUGAUUGGAUGGAUU